AUGAACGCUGACGAGAUUUAUGGCGACACCACUCAUCUGGCCGAGUUAAUCCGCGUACGAGCUCCUACUUCGAGUCAGUUGGAAGCUGAACUGCGACUUGUGCUUGAUGUCAUUCACCAACAAGUGCGGAUAGCGUCGACGCUCGCAUUGCAAUGGGAUCAUAUCAAAAACGUUAACGGCUCCAUCAGGAGAGCAAAUCCUCAUUACGAGUAG